AGGAGAGCAGCGGCAGCCUCUCAACGCUUUCCACUGUAACGUUACUGUAUUAGAGACUGGACCGACGAACAGCGCCUGCUCCGUCACAUAGACAGAUUAAAUAGAUUCAUUUGUACUUAUAGUCGUAAUUUCAUUUGGCGCGGUGCUUCAGCUCGUCACAAUGACAGCUUUGUCGCUGCUUUUGUUGGCCGUUUCGGCCGCAUCUGUCUCGGCCGAGUCCGCUGUGUAUUUGCGAGAGGAAUUUGAAGAUGGGGAUGCCUGGAAGAGUCGCUGGGUGGAAUCCAAGCACAGGUCGGACUACGGCGAGUUGGUCCUGAGUGCAGGGAAGUUCUACGGAGAUGCAGAGAAAGACAAAGGUCUGCAGACGAGCCAGGACGCCCGCUUCUACGCGUCGUCGUACCGUUUUGAUGACUUCAGCAACCAGGGCGAGCCUCUGGUCAUCCAGCUCACUGUGAAACAUGAGCAGAGCAUUGACUGUGGCGGAGGCUACAUUAAACUGUUCCCCUCUGGCCUCAACCAGGAGGACAUGCACGGAGACUCCGUCUACAACAUCAUGUUCGGUCCCGACAUUUGUGGCCCCGGCACAAAGAAGGUUCAUGUCAUCUUCAACUACCAAGGCAAGAACCAUCUGAUUAACAAAGACAUCAGAUGCAAGGAUGACGAGUACACCCACUUGUACACACUGAUUGUCAACCCUGACAACACUUACGAGGUCAAGAUCGACAAUAAGAAGGUUGAGUCCGGCAAUCUGGAGGAUGACUGGGACUUCCUGCCUCCCAAAAAAGUUAAGGACCCUGAAGCCAAAAAGCCAGAGGACUGGGAUGACCGGGAGCAGGUUCCCGACCCUGACGAUAACAAACCAGAGGACUGGGACCAGCCAGAGAACAUCCCAGAUCCUGAUGCUAAGAAGCCCGAUGACUGGGAUGAAGAGAUGGACGGAGAGUGGGAGUCACCUAUGGUCACUAACCCUGAGUACAAGGGCGAGUGGAAGCCCAGUGAGAUCAACAAUCCCGCCUACAAGGGCAAGUGGACCCACCCUGAGAUUGACAACCCGGAGUACACAGCCGAUCCUGAGAUCUAUAAAUACGACAGCAUCGGCGUGAUUGGACUCGACUUGUGGCAGGUCAAGUCCGGUACCAUCUUUGAUAACUUCCUGAUCACCAACGACCCAACCCUGGCGGAGGAAGUAGGGAACGACACAUGGGGUAAAGCUAAGGAUGCAGAGAAGAAGAUGAAGGAAAGCCAAGAAGAGGAGGAGAGAAAGAAACGUGAGGAAGAUAACAAGCAGAGGGGAGAGGAGGCAAAGGAGGAAGAAGAGGAGGAGGAGGAGAAAGAAGAGGAGGAGGAGGGAGAUGAAGAAGAAGAAGACGACGAAGAAGAGGAGGAGGGAGAAGAAGAAGAGGACGAUGAAGGCACAGACUCUAAACUCAAGGACGAGUUAUAAACUCCAUGCAGGAACUAACUGUGUCAAUGAGCCAUUGGAACGAGGCUGGAGGCCGAUGAGAGGAUAGACCCUCAUGACUGACACCCUGGGUGGGGUUGGGUGGGAUGGGGUUUUCCAUUUGUUUGUUUACAAAGCAAGGGAGUAGGUGAAAAAGGGCAAUUAUUGUUCCGUUUCCUGUUUCCAUGUGCUACUACUACUACUACUACUACUACUACUACUACUACUAUUGUUAUUAUUAUUAUUAUGAAAUGAGGAAUAGUGAUAGAAAGAAGGAAGAUGUCAUAGUGAAUGUCAAGACAGGAAAUCAAACCCAUCAGCUAAAUUGUUUUGCCCAACAGAAAUUCUGUUUACCUCAUGUGUUAGUCUUAUUAAUGUGUCACAUGUUUUUUGUUGUUGUUGUUGUUUUGUUUAUCUUUUGCGGUCAAUCAUGUCUCUUUGUCUCAUGGCCUCCUUUUUAAAAAGCUUCGUCAAUCUCAAAUGAUUCGAGAGGGUUAGACACCAUUAGACAUGUAAUUUUACCCGCUCUUAUUUAAAUGUCUUGAUUUGAACAAGGGUUAAUGGCAUGGUGCAUUAGGACUGACACAAUACAUCUGACAACCUGUCGUCCAUAGGAUGGUAAUCCAGGGUGCUUUAAGGUGAAAUCCCUUGCAUAGUUUUGUACUGUAUAGUUAACACGUUUUUCACUUCAUAUGCUGUAGUCUUGUGUGUCUAAAUAAAGUGUGCUCAAUCUCAGAUGUUCAUUGAGAGCACUCCAGUAGCAGGUAAGCUUCCGUUCAUUUGGUACGUGUUCACUCAUAGUCGGUGUACACAACCAGUUCUCCUCAUAUUUUGAUGCUGAUACCUCUGCACUGCUGUACCCCCCCCCCCCCCACUACACUGUCCCAAACAGUCUGAGAGAUGAUGCUUUUGUAAAAAGACACAUUUUGUACUAAUGGUAGUAAUUGAAGUGGGAAGAUUUCCAUGUUGCUGUGUAAAAAAAAAACAGAACAAAAGACAGGUGUUCUGUCCAAUAAAAUCAACUGGGAAAAUGA